GCAUACACCUGCGUUUCGUACACUCAUGCAUUUCGUCCCUUAUUCUCUUCUUCUCCCUAAAAUAGUCAUAUUACAGUACAGACGUACAGUAUAGUAGUAUACUCUCACACUGCAAUUUCAUCAUAAUUACUCUUGCAAUUCACCCAAUUCUUCCUUCGUUUUCUCUCUCCUAGGGGUUUUCUGUUAUUCCUAGCUAAACUUCCAUGGAUUCCCCAAUUUUCGAGGCAAUUUCUACUCUAAAAUUACCUCUCUCAUCAUACGACUAUGACAGAACAAAACGAGCUUUGAGCUUCGUUGAAUCGAGGUUGAAGAGUGAGAAAGACAAACUUACGCAGAAAUUCAAGAACGCAUUGAUGGAAAACAACAUACUAACGAAGCAAUUGGAGCAGUUCAAGAAGGAUCAUGGCGAGUUACUGCUCGCAAACAGCGAGUCGCAACACCAACUCAGUGAGUCACUCACUGAGUGUGCUCGAAUCAGAAUGAGACUUGCUGCGGAAGAGCAGGAGGUUCAGAGGCUGAAGAAUGAAGAUGUUGGGAAAAUCAGGGGGUUUUCGAACGAGGUGAAGAUGUUGAAGAAGCAAAACAAGGAAUUGAGUGAUGAAAAUGGGUGUUUAGAGGAGAGGAAGAUGAAAAUUGAAGAGGAAUUUAGGAUUUGUAGGUUGGAAAGUGAGAAAUUGAAGGGGAGAAUCAGGUUUUUGGAGAAGGAAAUGAAGGGGAUGGAGAAGAAGGUAAAAGAAGCUGAAAAAGAGAGAGAAGAAAAGUUGAAGCUUUCUGUGAAGAAUACUAAGUUGGAGAGAGAUUUGGGUAGUGUAAUGGCGGCUGCGACCGAGCGAUUUCGAGCAUUCGAGAAGCGGGUGUCGGAUUUGGAGCGAGCUGUUGUUAUAUUGAACGACGCUGGUUCUGGUUCAGGUUCAGAUUCAGGUUCAGGUUCACAACUGGUUGACACAACUGAAGUCGUGCAAGCGCAGGAGAGUUUCGGUCUUGAAGCAAAAUGUGAAGGGCUUGCUGGAGGGCUAUCUGGUCAUGAAACAACACCCAUUGAAGAGAAGACUGCCUCAUCUAUGCCAAGCCCUAAAGAAAUCAGUGCAACUCGUGUUGAGGGACAGCCUAAUAGUUUUGAGUCUAACACAAAGCCUGGAGGACCUGUGGAAAUCUGGUCAGUUUCUGAUGAGAAAUCGGCUUCUUCUAGGCCAUGUGCACACCAAUCUCCAUCAACAUCUACGCAUGUUGUUGACUUAUGUAGUUCUGAUGAUGAUGGCGAACUACCUUCACCAAAGGGACUUAAAAGGAAGCUCUCAACAUCUGAAGAUCCCUUAGGCAUUAGAACUCAUAUGGAGUCAAUAAGUCCUUCAAAGAAAACCAUGGCAGCCCUGAAACCGUGUGAGCAGCAGGUUGGGGUGUCAUUAGAUGAAAAGUACCAGGGUUUGGUCACGGAUGUACAUGGUGAAUCUGGAAGUUCAAAUAAAAUUUGGGAUCAUGAAGCAGAUUUACUUGAUGAUCUGCAGAAGAAUACUGUACUUUGCAUGGAGGGACUUUGUGCUUUAUACAGACAGAAAAUGCUUUAUGCUCUCAGGGCAACAAAUUUGGCCAAGUUUCUUACUGAUGCACAAGGUGGGUUGAUAAAAACACUUACUGAUCUGGAGAAGUUUGAUCCAAAAGGAGCAGAUGAUUGCAAAAAAAUAGCAUUGGCUCACUCGAAGCAGCUGUUUGAUAUAUACAAGAAUGGCAAAGACCCUUGCUUUGCACCUGCCAUUAUCUCCAGCCAGAAGACAAUUGUGUAAGUACUCUUCCGAGGCGUUCCUGGAGUGUUCAACUAGUUGAUUAUGUAAUUGAAUGUAACGAGCUGACGGUUAGGUGUACUUCUGACUUCUGUGUAGUGAAGUGAUUGUUAGUUAUUCUGUAGGAAUCAGGAAACCGUUCGGGUUUAACUAAUCAUCAACCCUAUGAUAUAGUUCCACUUGAAUGUCAUUUGCUAGUGUAGCUUAUAUUGUGGUCGUGAACUCCUUGUUUAUUUCCGACUACACUUUAACAGGGGCAUGUUUGCUUAUAAAUUCUAGGAAAAGUGUGAGUCAGAUUACUUAGCUUGGUGUA